UAGAUAAGAUACGAAACUGAAAAGAGUGUGAAACUGUCUGAGUGUAUCAUUAGUGUAUGCUCCAUUUUUAUGGAAAAGUUCAUUGCAACCAUCAGACUUUUUACUUAUGAUGAUUAGAAAAAUGGGAAUUUUCCCUCAUUUGUUGCUGUCUUUAACCUUUGCAACCGUUUUCAUCUUCAUUAAUGUCGAUGCAGAAAAUCUUCGUCAGAGAAUCUUCAAGGGCAUCGAUGGAUUUUGCGGCUUCGACAAAUUCAAGUGCCUGAACAAUGAAUGCAUACCCAAAUCUAUGCUGUGCAAUGGCAGGAAUGAUUGCGGAGACAACUCUGAUGAAGGGUAUUGCUCAUCACGUUCUAGCCGCGAUUGUCCAAGCCAUCGAUUUUUCUUUUGUGGUCGAAACAGCAAUAACUAUGACAAGUGCAUUCCUAUGUCAUGGAGAUGCGACGGUUAUCAAGAUUGUUCCAGUGGUAAAGAUGAAGAACAAUGCAGCAAAGACUAUGAAAAUCUGACUCCAGCUAUUCUUCACAGAACUCGAAAUCGAGCGUUGAACUGGACUCGUCAGUUGAGGAAAGAGGACCAGCCUACACGUAAAUGGGGAUCCGAUGUAGGCAGAAUUGCCGUGGCCCUUUUCUUGUCUAAUGAUUCUGCUUUACGACAAAACAAAACCAUCCGAGAUGAGAUAUCAUACGAACUAAAUUUGGAUCUCUUAUCAAGACUAGCACUCAAGAAAAUCGAGGACAUAUCCAGUACAGAGCUGGCUUCUUACAUCAAUGCAUUCCUUGUCACUUGCAUAGAUCCCAGGAAGUUCCACGUCUUGGACUUGGUCAGCGAACUCCGCAGGCGCGUCGACGCUCAGAAUUAUACAAAUCCUUCGGUGAUAUUAGCGUUAUGCAAUGCUGGCGAAAGAAUCACCGACAGAGAUGUCGAAAAACUCAUCGGGGCAUUCUGGAAAGCUCAACGAGAAUUUUGGACAGAUACACAAGCUUUAACAGUUCUGGCUUUAGCAUGUGCAGCUAAACAGCCAUAUGAAGUUUAUGAUAUGGUAGAAAUCAACGAGCUCACAAUGGAGAUCAAAAAGCGACAAUAUCGAAACGGCACCGUUGAAAAUCUUAAGACUACAGCUCUUGUCUUGCAAGCUCUUUUCGCAUCAGAAAAUGAAGCCGAUGAAGACAAUUUCGACGAGGAGAAAGCCCUGAAGCAGAUCCUCCGUUUACAAGAGGAGGAUGGCUCUUUUGGAAACAUAGCUAAUACUUAUUAUGUUCUUCCUGUAUUAGGGUGUAGAAGCCUGGUUAACAUUAGUUCUUCUCACUGCAAAGUUCCUGUCAUAGACGAAAAAGAAGCCCUCAAGGAUCUGAUGAACCAGGUAGGAGAAAAGCGGAGCGUCCAGUUCUCUCUAUGGAUUGGCAACAAGAAGACGGUGGAGAGAACGAUCAGUCUCAGUGUCCCGGCCAACAGCUCUUUCUACCGUAUCAUGGAAUUCGCUGCAGGAGUGGACAACAAAUUCAAAUUCGAAUACAGCAUGAGGAAUGGAAAGCCUUACAUCUACGCCAUAUCAGAUAUACAAGAUGAUCCAGAAAAUGGAAUGUUUUGGUUUUUGUUCAGGACAUCGUCUUCGAACGAAGGCGAUCUAGAACCCCUAACUAAAAGCCCUGCUGAUAUUGUGCCAGGCGAUAAGCAGCACUUCAUAUUUUGGUACAAGUCUGGCUCUUGGAAUCAGUAAAACUUGUAAAACAACGGUGUUCCAACUAAAAGUCAUAUAAUUACUGUUUAUUUCCUAUAACAAUUAAAUACAGUCUUAUUUCUUAUUA